ACCUGUUGCUUUGGCCUAGAAGUCAGGACGUCGACCUGUCGUGUGUAGUGCGAAGGGGAGAAGGAGGACCCAGGAGCCUUGACAUAUAAUUUCGGACCACACGACGUCAAUAACUUCUUCAAUCAGGAUGGAGAGCCAAAACCGAUGGGUACUAACCUGCCUCGCCCUGGUCGUCCUAGUAGCCGGCCUGUCAGUGGAGGCCUUCAACCCAGACCGUACCAUCUACAAGUGGUCGCCUCUCUGGUUCAACAACUACUACAGACGGGGUAACCUCUACAAAAGGUUCCGUGACGAGCCCAUUCAGAAGUGGAGCCCCACCUACUUCGACAACUCCGCUUACUAUUACGACAAGAGGGAUGGGAGCGUCUGCGGCCGGGAGAACUCCCUCUGCGCCUCCGAGAGCAAACUCACAGGCGAGAUCAUGACCGUCCGAUGCUGCGGUGCCCUACAGUGCUUGCCCACGGGGCAGGCCCACACCUGCACUGAUCCCAAGACGGCAGAGCUAGAGGAAUCAGGCUCUUCCCCCAACUUCGACUUCUAAGCGAGCUGGCGAGGGGCGGCGCCCCACCCCACUUCCCGCCGUGAUUCACUUCGGCCGAAGCCUGUGGCAUCAUCCGCUGCGGAAUAUUCGCGAAGCUCCUAAAAUAUUCGUGGUUCUCCAAGAUAUUCGUGAAUCUUCUGUGUGUGUGUGUGUCUUCUUCCUUAUCUUUCGAAAGAGUCGACGUGCUAUAAUAAUAAUAAUAAUUGUCCCGCAAAGCUAUAAUAAUAAGAUAUGUGUACAAAUGCUUAGAUAAACGUAUAAAACGAGGAUGUG